UUUCUCUCUCUUGCUUGCGUUCUCUGCUUCUUCGUGUUUGUUCUAGAAGAAACUGGGCGAUUUCAAAGGCGGGAGUAUUCCACGAUUUUCAUCCUGAUUUUCAAUUCCUCGGCGUGUUUUUUGGUUCUCUGAUAGGGAAGAUCUUCCGCCUCUUGAUUUUUUUUGGAAGGAUUUGAGAGGCGUUGAGGCUGGAAUGUCUGUCGCGAGAGAGAUCUGAGGCUUUUCGGUCGGAGAUUGGGAAGGACGGAGGCGGAUUCGGUUUUCCGCCUCCGAAUCGGUGGUUUUGUUUACUUUCACGGCACGAUCUGUGGUUUUUCGACCGAAUUACGGUCGGGUUGAAGGUCAUUGCGAAGAUCUGAGGUUUUUUUCUUGUACCAUUGGUGAAACGGAGAAGAACGGGGUCAUUUUCCGUUUCUCCGCCUUUUCUAGCCGGAAAGAGAGAGCUAAUGUUGCAGGCUCUGUUACAGAUCUCUGGAGGAGAGAUCUGAGGUCUUUUCUUUGGCUAUCGGCCAUCUCAAACUUAAGAUCUAAGGAAAAGACUCGAAUUUUCGGCAUUCUCUCGGCGUCUGUAGAAUCUCUAUUUCCCGCCCUAAGGAAAAAAGUCAAGUCCAGAAGAAGAAGAAGGUGAGAUGAUGCGAAUGAAGAUGAAGACCGGAAGAACACCUAUGAACGGAAUCUAUGAAACCGGCAGCAGCGGACCGGAGCCCGUCGAUUGGGAGCUCAGACCAGGCGGAAUGCUUGUACAGAAGCGGAAUCCAGACUCGGAGCGAGAGUCAGUUCCGGCUCCAACCAUCAAAGUUAGGGUCAAAUACGGCUCUUCUCUACACGAAAUCAACAUCAGCUCUCAAGCAACCUUCGGGGAAUUGAAGAAACUGCUUGCAGCACCGACCGGAUUGCAUCAUCUAGACCAGAAGUUGCUGUUCAAAGACAAGGAGAGGGACUCCACCGCUUAUUUGGAUAUGGCAGGAGUAAAAGACCGAUCGAAGAUUGUUCUCGUCGAGGAUCCAACAAGCCAGGAGCGACGAUACAUUGAAAUGCGCCGGAAUGCGAAGAUGGAGCGAGCCUCAAAGUCCAUAUUGGAGAUCAGCUUGGAAGUCGACAAGCUCGCUAGCCAGGUCUCUGCUCUCGAAUCCGUAAUUUCCAAAGGCGGUAAAGUUGCUGAGAACGACGUAUUGAAUCUGAUCGAGCAGUUGAUGACGCAGCUGAUCAAAUUGGACGGCAUCAUGGUCGACGGAGAUGCAAAGAUGCAGAGGAGAAUGCAGGUGAAGAGAGUGCAGAAGUAUGUUGAGACCCUUGACUUGAUCAAGAUCAAGAACGGCAUGUCGGCUGGUGGCGGCGGCGGCAACAGCCGGCAAAUGGCGCAGCGGAAUUCCCCUUCUCCUGCUGUCGUGGUGACGACGAAAUGGGAGACGUUCGAUCCAGUGGGGCCCACCCCAUCGACCUCAAAAAAUUCCAACCCUAAGUUUGAUUGGGAGUUUUUUGAGUAAGUGUUCUUCUUAUUGUGCAUAGAUAUCACAUGAGCUGUGUGUGAAUUGUGUUCUGUUCUGUUUUUGUUUUUGUUUUAGAGGGUGAGUCCACCACCCCUUUCUUCUCUCUUCUCAUAUCUUUCUAUUCUUUUCUGUAUUUAGAUUUUUAGAAGGGUCUUUUGCUACAUCUCAUUUUAUCCAUCAUAAAUAAAUGGGUUGAUGACGGUGCUGGUGCU